GGCUCGCCGCGUCUCGCACGACAUAGGAGAAACUCAUCAAUUUCAAAAUGUCGUCAGUCAAACGCUUGGUUUAUGCAGUCAUCCAGUUCUUGAGAGAGCAGAGUCAGAUGGAUACUUUCACUGCAGAUGAACAAGAAAGCUUGGAAGUUGCAAUUCAGUGUCUGGAGACUGUGUUUAAGAUUAACCUGGAAGAUACUCAUCUUGCACCUCCACAGCUUUUGACAGAAAUAUUCACAAAUUCUUUUCACAAGAAUGACGUGCUGCCUCUCUCAGAUUCUUUACCAGAGGAUGUUGAAAAGGCUGACCAACUGAAGGAUGAAGGUAAUAAUCAUAUGAAAGAAGAAAAUUACGGUGCUGCAGUGGCUUGUUAUUCUAGGGCUAUAGAACUGGAUCCAAACAAUGCGGUCUAUUACUGCAACAGGGCUGCUGCUCAAAGUAAGCUCAACAACUACAGUGAUGCAAUAAAGGACUGUGAGAGAGCCAUAGCAAUAGAUCCAAAGUACAGCAAAGCAUAUGGGAGAAUGGGGUUGGCUCUGACCUCAGUGAAUAAAUAUGAAGAAGCAGUUACCAGUUACCAAAAAGCACUGGAUCUUGAUCCAGAGAAUGACUCUUAUAAAUCAAAUUUGAAAAUAGCAGAACAGAAAUUAAGAGACAUGUCCAGUCCUACUGGAACUGGACUGAGUUUUGACAUGGCAAGCUUGAUAAACAAUCCUGCCUUCAUUAGUAUGGCAGCAAGCUUAAUGCAGAAUCCUCAAGUUCAACAAUUGAUGUCAGGGAUGAUGUCAAACGCCAUUGGUGGCCCUGCGGCGGGUGUUGGUGGCCUGUCAGAUUUGUCCAGCCUGAUCCAUGCGGGGCAGCAGUUUGCACAACAGAUACAGCAGCAGAAUCCAGAGCUCAUAGAGCAACUGAGAAAUCAUGUCCGGAGCAGGUCUUUCAGUGGCAGCACUGAAGAGCAUUCCUGACUUAAAGGAGGCAUGUGAAUUGGAAUGGUAUAUAACCCCAAAAAUGCAUACCAUAGUUAGUAGCAAAAGCACCAUUGUAACUCUUCUGCUUGAAUAGAAGACAGAAAAUUCUCUGUGCGUGUUUGCAAACAAGAAUAAAUCUGUUAAACAGAUCUAUUGCACAUAACUUGGAACAUAUCGUUUAUGUAUAGUUACUCCUCUGAAAAUUAAUACACUAAAUAGGUGGUUUAUUAAACUCCCUAAGUACAAGUAAUUUUCAGUAUGUGCAUUAGAUUGAUCUCCAGGGCCACUGAGUGGGGAGGAGUUUUGUAGUGGGCUGAUCUUGCAUAACAGCUUAAUUCUAAAAUCCUAGUGUAAAAGCCACGUUAUUCUUAUGGUGAAAAUCAUUAUGGCUGUACUCUGUCAAAUAUUGACACAGUAGGCCCAUCUGAUGUGCCCUUUAAUAAUGAGCAUAAAUCAGUGUUGGAGUAUACUUAAAACUAAUGCUUGAAAAGUCUGUUUCUUCAAGCCUGUGAAGGGGCUAUCAUUAGUAACAUGAAAUAUUAUUUUUCAACUUCAUUGGGCAGGAGGGAGGGAGAUGAUGGCAUAUGAAGGAGUACCACAAACUGUAGAGAAAGAGAAGACACUAAUCCUGAGUAGGAUAAUACACAGAAACCAAAACGGAACUUGGCUUGGGAAAGGAAAGAGUAUUAAGAAGUUUUAGGCUUUUCUACUGCCAUGUGUACUCUCAAAUCAUGACGGUAGCCCUGGAGGUCAACAUUAUGGCACUAUUUUCCUAGGCAUGGCAAACUGUAUUACAUUCUGUAUGUAUGCAGUAUUUAACAUAAGCUUAAAAUUCUUAAGUGUAAUAAGCUAAAACUGAUCCUGUGACUGUACAAUAAUUAGUACUGAAAAUUUAUCAAAAAAUAACUGCCUUAGAAAGAAGGAUUCUCUUUCUAUUCUUGUGUGGUAAAUCACUGGCUUAAACA